UUUCAUUCUCCUCCAAAUAAGAACAGAUAUUUACAAAAAGGUAAACAACAAUGGCUUCUCAACCGAAAGUCACCCUCAUCAAACUAAGCCCGCAAGAGCUCUCUAACCAACAAGUCGGCUCACAUAAUCUACAACAUGCCGUUGAAGCACUACACCGCGAUGGCAUGGUCGUUCUCGAAAAUGCCGUCGACCCCGCCCACCUGGAUAAGCUAAAUGGGCGGAUGGUUCCCGAAGCAAAGCAACUAUACGCAAAAGCAGGCACACAUCGCAAUUUUGGCGCCAAGACUGGAAACAUCCAACAGGAACCAAUUGUCAAUGAUAAAGAAUACAUAUUUCAAGAUGUGCUCGCGAAUCCAUUUGCGGUCCAGGUUGUCGAAUGCAUGUUUGGGCCGCGGCCGUCGCUAAGAUUUUAUAGUGCCAAUACGGCUUUCAAAGCCGACACUAGACAGCCAGUCCAUAUUGACGUGGAUUUUGAUUUCCCGCAGAUUCCGUGGGGGUAUGCAAUCAACAUAAACCUGGUUUCAACGACGCCGGAAAACGGCGCGACGGAGGUCUGGCUGGGGAGCCAUACGGGGACGACCCGGGAUGUGUUGGAUAUGCAUACGGAACACAAACAGAUUAAGGAGGAUUUGCUUGAAGAGAGGCGGAAGUUGUCGCCUGGAAUUCAGCCGUCGUUGCCGAAGGGCAGUUUGAUUAUUCGGGAUAUGAGAUUGUGGCAUGCGGGGAUGCCGAAUCGCACGGACGAUCCGAGGAUUAUGCUUGUGUCUAUUCUGUUUCCGCAGUGGUAUCGGAGCAAUCAGAAUAUUGUCUUGCCGAAGAGUCUGCAAGAAUAUAUUAAUUGGGGUGAUGUCGAUGUUUGUGUUGAUUGGGUGGGAGAUGAUUAUGAUUAUUUGAAAGGCGCGCAUGAUCAUGAUUUUGCUCUGCAACCUUGAUUUUUAGCUCCAGGGAUCAGUCAAUUUAUGUAUAUAGUGUUGCGGUUAAGUAAUUUGACGUUGAAAAUAGUCAUGGCC